GGUGACUCGAGCAGCCGGAAGAGGUGACCUGUACCAGCCAGGCCUGCUCCUGUCACCACCCUGGGGCCAUGCGGGUGCCACAGAGGGGUGACAGGGUGAGACCGAGGGGACCCCGCCAGGGCACAGAGCCCCUGCGGUGGCACGGGACCAGGGUGCGGUGGGUGCCCGGCCAGGGCGGGGGCCACCAUGGCACCCCCAGCCCGCGUGCCCCUGGUGCUGCUGCUGCUGCUGGCGGCCGAGAGGACGGCGAGGGGCACCUUCCCCGAGGAGCCCGGGCCCAUCGCCGUGGCCCCCCCGGACUAUGUGAAGCACUACCCCGUGUUCGUGGGGCACGGCACCGCCCGCCCGGGGGGCCCCGAGGGGGGGGGCACCCAGCGCCUCAACAUCCAGCGCAUCCUCAAGGUCAACAGGACCCUCUUCAUCGGGGACAGGGACAAUGUCUAUCGGGUCAGCCUGGAGCCCAGCGGGGCCGCUGAGAUGCGCUACCACCGGAAACUGACGUGGCGCUCGAACCAGCACGACAUCAGCAUCUGCAGGAUGAAGGGCAAGCACGAGGCAGAGUGCCGAAAUUUCGUCAAGGUGCUGCUGGUGAGGAACGAGAGCCUCCUGUUCGUCUGUGGCACCAACGCCUUCAACCCCGUCUGCGCCAACUACAGCAUGGACACGCUGGAGCCCGUCGGGGACAACAUCAGCGGCAUGGCCCGAUGUCCCUACGACCCCAAGCAUGCCAACGUGGCCCUGUUCACAGGGGGGAUGCUCUUCACCGCCACGGUGACGGAUUUCCUGGCCAUCGACGCCGUCAUCUACCGCAGCCUCGGGGACAGCCCCACCCUGCGCACCGUCAAACACGACUCCAAGUGGUUCAAAGAGCCCUACUUCGUGCACGCCGUGGAAUGGAGGAGCCACGUCUACUUCUUCUUCCGGGAGAUCGCCAUGGAGUUCAACUACCUGGAGAAGGUGGUGGUGUCACGGGUGGCCCGGGUGUGCAAGAAUGACAUGGGGGGCUCGCAGCGGGUGCUGGAGAAGCAGUGGACGUCCUUCCUCAAGGCCCGGCUCAACUGCUCCGUGCCGGGCGAUUCCCACUUCUACUUCAAUGUCAUCCAAGCCGUGACAGACAUCCUGGAGCUGGAUGGGCGCCCCGUGGUCCUGGCUGUGUUCUCCACGCCCACCAACAGCAUUCCCGGCUCCGCCGUCUGCGCCUUCGACAUGACCCAAGUGGCCGCGGUCUUCGAGGGACGCUUCCGGGAGCAGAAAUCACCCGAGUCCAUCUGGACACCCGUGCCAGAGGACAUGGUGCCAAAGCCACGGCCCGGGUGCUGCGCGUCCCCGGGGAUGCGCUACAACUCCUCCAGCGCCUUCCCCGACGAGAUCCUCAACUUCGUCAAGACCCACCCGCUGAUGGACGAGGCGGUGCCGGCCCUGGGCAACGCCCCCUGGAUCCUCCGCACCAUGACCCGGUACCAGCUCCGUAGGAUCGUGGUGGACAACGCGGCGGGGCCGUGGGGCAACCACACCGUGGUGUUCCUGGGCUCCAGCACCGGCACCGUGCUCAAGUUCCUCAUCCUGCCCAACGCCACCAGGAGCCCUCUGCCCACUGCCCCUGGCAGCCAGAGCGUCUUCCUGGAGGAGUUUGAGACCUACCAGCCUGGCAGGUGUGGCCGGGACACGGAGGACGAGCGGCGGCUCCUGGGGCUGGAGCUGGACAAGGCUGCGGGGUCCCUGCUGCUGGCCUUCCCCCCGUGCGUGGCCAGGGUGCCUGUGGCUCGCUGCCAGCAGCACUCGGGCUGCAUGAAGAACUGCCUGGGGAGCCGGGAUCCCUACUGUGGCUGGACACCCGAGGGCUCCUGCAUCUUCCUGGAGCCCAGCCCCAGGGUGGCCUUCGAGCAGGACAUCGCCGGCGGCAGCACGUCCCACCUGGGCGAGUGCGAGGGGCUGGUGACGGAGAGCUUCGUGGACGAGCCGGACGGGCUGGUGUCGGUGAACCUCCUGGUGAUCUCCUCCGUCGCCGCCUUCGUCAUCGGCGCCGUCAUCUCCGGCUUCAGCGUGUGCUGGUUCAUCGGACACCGGGACCGCAAGGAGCUGGCGCGGCGCAAGGACAAGGAGACGAUCCUGGCGCACAGUGAGUCGGUGGUGAGCGUCAGCCGCCUGGGCGAGCGGCGGGCGCGCGGAGCUCUGCUGGCCCCGCUCAUGCCCAACGGGUGGCCCAAGGAGCUGGGCAAGGUCACCCAACACGACCUGGACUCGGGGGUGCUGCCCACGCCGGAGCAGACCCCGCUGCAGCAGAAACGCUGCCCCGGCGCCCUCCAAAACUGCACCUGGGAGCAGAGUCACAACAUCAUCAACGCGGCUUUGCGGGACCCUGGAGGCUCCGGCCCCGCGGGCGCCGGGCGGGGGAACGGCGGCUCCGGCCGCCCGCCGCGGGGCAUCCCCCUCUCCUGCCACGCCAUCCUGGUGGACCAGGAGCUGGAGGCCGAACUCAGCGACUCCUCAGGUGACGGGCACUGGGGUCGAGACCCUCAGGAGGGGCCCCGCACCCGGCAGCACCCACCCGCCGGCGCCCGCCGCCCGCCCCGCAGCUCCUACGGCGACUUCGGCGGGACGCCGCACCCCAGCCCCGAGCGCCGGCGGGUGGUCUCGGCACCCAGCGGGGAGGGGGGAGACUUUACCGAGGGGCCGCCCUGGCACCCCGAGCAGCUGAACUUCAACGCCAACAACGGCACGGGCCGCCCCGGCGCCCACCUCAAGAGGAACCACACGUUCAACAGCGGCGAGGCGGCGGCGGGCGGCUACGGGCGGCACGGGACGGCAGCCCGGGCAGCGCGGGCACCGGGCACCCCGCGGCCGCUGACGGACCUGCACCACCUCCUGCGCUACGGCGUGGAGCGGACUCCCUCGGGAAAAUAGGGUGCCACCCUAUGUGCGUCCCCCUGGCCAGGACACUGAUGGGGGCCCCGGCUCCCUGGGGACAGGGACGGGUGGCCGGGCAGGAGCUGCGGGCAUGGGGUGAGGUGCUGCAUGGGUGAGGGGGGGACAGGCACCCCCUGGGUGCGCCCGGAGAGGGUUUGGGGGUGUGCCCGGCCGGCGUGGGGCAGUGCCCUGCGCUCCGGCUGCGCUGUCCCCUGUGCCAGGGUGGACCGUCCACCGUGUCCCCUCCCCAGGCUGGAGCCAGGGCCCGCAGCACCCUGGGAGGGGCAUCCCUGGGGGGCAGCAGGAUGGACAGACGGACACGGGCACUGGGCUGUGCCCCCCAGCCCGCAGCCCCACAGUGGCACCUUGGGGGUGCUGCCAGCCCCCUGGGGACACCCGGCCGCGGGUGUUUUGGUUGUGGUGAUGGAACCUGGUGAGCGUUUUGGGUGCGGGGGGCUGGGGGCCCCCGAGUGUGGCGUUAUCUGGGGAUGGGGCACACUCUCACCCCCAGUCUGGGGUCAGCCCUUUCCCAGGGCCAGCCUGGGGGUCGCCCACCCUCCCCCCCCCGGCACCCCCUCCUGGAAAGCACAGCCGGGGUGGGGGGGCACCGCGGGGGGGUCCCCACCGAACCCACUCUCUGCUGGCAAAGGGUGCCCUUUCGGUGCCACCCCAGCCCGGCACCCACCCGGGGUGGAGUGUCGCGGGGGAGUGGCAGGUCCCCGGGGGAUGGCAGGUCCCCAGGGGGUGGCAGGCUGUAAAUAGGGCAGGGGGCGGCGGGAGCCCCCCCCCCCCCCCAGCGGCCAUGCAUGCGGCCGCCCGCGGGCUGUACCCCGCGGCCCCAAUAAACACCCGGUUACCGGAGGCGACUCCCCCGCC